AUGGCGCCGUCAACGACUUCGACGUCCAAGACGCUUCGUCCGGACAACUUGGAAAUCCGACCUACUUCAGCCGGGAAUGAUGUCGAUGACGGACCAAUGUCCCCACGAUCAUGGCGACACCGUGCUGUCACCUACCAAGUUCCUUCAAGGCGCCAGACCACUGGCAGCCUUGAUGCCGAGGACUACUUUGUUGGACCUCGUGACAUGGCCAAACACAGCAAAUGGCCAUAUUUCAUGCGAAUGCAUGGUUCCGUCUUUCCCAAGAUGAUCUUGCCACUCAUCGUUAUUACUAUCUGGGCGACUGCAAUCACCUGCAUUUCACAAUUCGUCUAUCCUCUCGUUGUCAGCAACUUGCUUCUCACUGUCCUUGGUUUCGUCGUUGGUCUGGCCAUUUCUUUCCGCACGAGCACUGCUUAUGAGCGCUACACUGAAGGUCGCAAGUACUGGAGUCAACUUAUCUUCGUCAGCCAGAACCUGGCAAGGACAAUCUGGAUCCACACCAAGGAGCGCGAGGGCGAGCUUGGUAAGGAAGACUUGCUUAACAAGCUGUCUGCCCUCAAUCUGCUCAACGCAUAUGCCUGCUCCAUCAAGCACAGGCUUCGGUUUGAGCCUGGUAUCGACUACCCCGAUCUCCGCGAUCGUGUUGAGUUCCUUGAUACCUUUGCUCGUGCUGCCGAAGUCGACAUUCCCGCUCCCGCUGAUAAGAAGAAGUUGAAGGCCGUUGGUGAAUAUCUCGGUGUCACCUUUGCCGAGUCCAACCCCCGCAAGAGGAUCAAGCGCUCCAAGAAGCCUCUCGGUAACUUGUCGCUCGAAAUUCUCAACCACAUCUCCGCCUAUGUCCACAGCCUCAUCGAAAACGAAACCCUGACUAUUGGUCUGUACCAAAACCAAGCCAUUACCAGCAUUGUCCAGCUCAAUGAAGCCCUUAUCGGUAUGGACCGUGUCCUGCAAACCCCUCUGCCUAUUGCCUAUUCGAUCGCCAUUUCUCAAAUCACCUGGGUCUACGUCAUGAUGUUGCCUUUCCAACUGUGGGAUAGUCUCCGUUGGAUCACUAUUCCCGGCUGUAUCUUCGCAGCAUACAUCAUCAUCGGUCUCUCCGCCAUUGGUCGCGAAAUUGAGAACCCCUUCGGCCACGACGUUAACGAUCUGCCCCUCGAAGCCUUCUGCGAAGAACUAGAAAUGGACAUUGACUACAUCACUUCUCAGCCGCCACCUGUUGCUCGCGAAUACAUGCGCCGCGAUGGCAACAUGCCCAUCUGGCCGCUCAGCCACAAGAACUACAGCGGCUGGAUGGCGCGAAGCAAGCAGGACAUCCGCGAUGCGCUCAUGACCAAGACAAAGGCUGACAUGCUUGUCCGCAAGAGCUUCGCUGUCCCAAGAGAGAGCGAGAGUAUUGAGGAGAAGGAGCAGGGUAUCUCGCAGCAACCACAUCACCAAGAAUAA